GUCUGCACUGUUCCAUUGGUCAUCAGCUUCAACACCAUAGGUACCGCCCUCCUCUUGUUUGGAGUUGGACUGCACAAUGACGAGACGGUCUGGGCGCAUUGCCGCGGGUGGCAAACAGCACAAGCGAGCACUGUCGUCGGCCAGCACGACGAAGGCGAUUGUCAAGCGACCUAGGAAAGCAAAGUCUACACCUACGAAGAGUGACCAUUUUCCCGUAGACGAUCGGGAUCACGGAGCAGAAUCAGAUGGGGCACAGGACGAAGAAGCAGACAGCGGAGACGACUCAGUCUCGGAUUUCGAAAAGGCUGCCGAAUCCGAUGUCUCGUCCCUAUCAUCAGAGGCUGAUACAGAUGCGGAUGACGGUGCUGUAGAAAAACGUACGAAGGCAGAUCCCUCUCGCCGCAUACGCGCCGUGGAAGGUGUCGAAUGGAAGCCAGGCGUCAAGACCGGGUUAGGUCCUGGCACUCAGGUUGUGAUCAAAAAACCGAAAGCCAGACCGGCGGGCAAGACACCAUAUGCUAGCGACACGAUCCAUCCCAAUACGUUCUUGUUCCUGCACGAGCUCAAGGACAACAACAACCGCGAAUGGCUCAAAAUGCACGACCCAGACUUCAGACAAGCCGAAAAAGACUGGCAUAGUUUUGUGGAGAACAUGACCGAGACUUUGAUCACGAUAGAUGACACGAUCCCAGAGCUGCCCAUCAAGGAUGUAGUCUUUCGCAUAUAUCGAGACAUUCGGUUCUCUAAAGACCCAACCCCAUGUAAGGCGUAUUUCAGCGUUGCUUGGUCCCGAGCAGGACGAAAGGGCCCAUUUGCGCAUUACUACGUCCAAAUCGCUCCUAACAACUCGUUCGUCGGCGGUGGUCUGUGGCAUCCCGAGGCAGCUCCCCUUUCAUCUCUGCGUGAGGCCAUUGAUCAGCAUCCCGAUCGACUGAAGGCUGCUUUACGAGACUCGCGCAUCAGGAAAGAGUUUUUGAAGGGCGCUGCUGCGAGCGACCAGGCCGUGGUGAAAGCUUUCGUCGAGAGCAACGCCGAGAGCAUGCUGAAGACGAAGCCGAAGGGUUAUGAGGGCGAUCAUCCCGACAUAGAUUUGCUCCGACUCCGCAACUACACCAUGAGUCGAAGCCUGUUAGAUGCAGAAGUGAUGGGAGAAGCUGGACAGCAACGUAUCUCACACCUUUUGGCAGUGUUGAAACCUUUCAUCACGUGGCUCAACUCUGUCGUUAUGCCUGACGAAGACGACUGAUGGAGGAGGAGGAGGAGGAGGAGGAGGAGGAGUAGUAGACUGGUACCUGAGCUUGUCUUAGGCUAUUGGAACCAGCAGAGAGAGAUGGAGAGAGAAAGACAGCGGCUUCCGAGCUCGCACAAUGGGAGCCACGUUGAGCUGCACGCCACUACCGCCGUAGUCGAACACGGCGCUUGUCGCUGGCCAAUCACGGACAUGCAAACAGCUCGUUCUUCGGCAGACUCGGGCGCUCGGCGUGAUGUUGGGCACACUGUUGGGCACACACUGCCAACUGCGGCACUGCCAAUACAGCGUCCACUUGGACCUCCUCCUGGUUUGUGACCUGAACCCUGCCCACUGCGGAACGCUGCAUACGGAUUCAGUAACGUGACUGCGCGCAUGAAAACGAUCGGCGAUUUAGCGCAGCUCAUAAGCGGCGCAGCCAAUCAGCGCUCUACAGGCUGGCUCAUGGUUUUCGUGCCGCACCAGGCUGGGGUUGCUACAAGCGCGAGCCCGCUAGACAUGGGCCAUCCCCGUUCACCAGCCUGGCAGCCCGGCCAGGCAAUACUCAUAGAAGGAAGGAUACAUCGUGCCUGGGGAGCGCGAUCGUCUUUGGUGGUGACAACACGCUGAGUUGCCAUGCCGGUGCCAUCGAAAGCCCCGCGUCAAGCGCCGAACUGCCUUCUGAGACUGACAAGUGACAAUGCAGAAGAGAUGCUACCUUACCUUGGACAUCAACCACGCAAUGUCCGGAAUGUGACAGGCUGCACGGACGCCCAGCUGACUACAGGUACAGGUACAUACACCUAAGAGAAACAAAAGAACUCCCGAUGGAUCUGGUCCGACCUGUCGUCCUGCCAGUUGGUGCCGUACUGCACACCUCUGACACUUUCUGCCAGAUUGGCAAAGAAAUCGCCGUCUUCUGUUGCUCACAUCAUACCGGGAGGUGCAGUCGAUAUAUAUAAAGAGGCAUGUGGUGAUCCAGUAAGGAAGUGUGGUACGAGGUAUUAUUGAAUCCUGACAGGAAGGCCCGUCUAGCCUCGGCUCGCGAUAGCAUACUGGUCAGCAGAGGCAGAUACACCAGGGUGCAUAUUCC